GCUGAGGUAAGACACCGGCACUCCCCUCAGUCGUGUGUCUGCCGCUAUCGAUUCCGCACGUGGUAUACUCCUCCAAUUGUUUCCUUCACCACAAUCAUGAGGGAGAUUGUUCACCUCCAGGCCGGGCAGUGUGGGAAUCAGAUCGGCUCCAAGUUCUGGGAAGUUAUCAGUGAUGAACAUGGGAUUGACCCAGUGGGCCAGUAUGUCAAUGGAGAUGGUGAAAGUUCCAUGCAACUGGAGAGGAUCAAUGUCUACUACAAUGAGGCCACAGGUGGCCGUUAUGUCCCUCGAGCAGUCCUUGUGGAUCUUGAGCCAGGGACGAUGGAAGCAGUGAGGUCUGGCCCCAUUGGUAAGAUCUUCAGGCCAGAUAACUUUGUUUUUGGCCAGAGUGGAGCUGGUAACAAUUGGGCGAAAGGCCACUACACAGAAGGAGCAGAAUUGGUGGACUCGGUCAUGGAUGUCAUGAGAAAGGAGGCAGAGAACUGUGACUGCUUACAGGGCUUCCAGUUGACACACUCUUUAGGUGGUGGUACUGGUUCAGGGAUGGGUACUCUCCUCAUCUCAAAAAUACGUGAAGAAUAUCCUGACAGAAUAAUGAACACAUUCUCAGUUAUUCCAAGUCCAAAAGUGUCAGACACAGUUGUGGAGCCAUACAAUGCAACCCUGUCUGUGCAUCAGCUGGUGGAGAACACUGAUGAAACUUUCUGUAUUGAUAAUGAAGCUCUUUAUGACAUUUGCUUCAGAACGCUCAAGCUCACAUCUCCAUCUUAUGGUGAUCUCAAUCAUCUUGUGUCAGUAACAAUGUCAGGUGUGACCACUUGUCUUAGGUUCCCGGGCCAGCUUAAUGCCGAUCUCAGGAAACUCGCAGUCAAUAUGGUGCCUUUUCCUCGUCUCCAUUUCUUCAUGCCAGGAUUUGCACCACUCACAUCCAGAGGGUCCCAGAGUUAUAGAGCUCUCACAGUUCCAGAGUUAACACAACAGAUGUUUGACAGCAAGAACAUGAUGACUGCAUGUGAUCCCCGGCAUGGCCGGUACCUCACAGUCGCUGCCAUCUUCCGAGGGAAAAUGUCCAUGAAGGAAGUAGAUGAACAGAUGCUCUCAGUCCAAAAUAAAAAUUCCAGUUACUUUGUUGAGUGGAUCCCAAAUAAUGUUAAGGUUGCAGUAUGUGAUAUUCCACCAAAAGGCCUUAAAAUGUCUGCCACCUUCAUUGGAAAUUCUACUGCAAUACAAGAGAUCUUUAAGCGCAUUUCAGAGCAGUUUACUGCAAUGUUCCGGCGAAAGGCUUUCCUUCACUGGUAUACUGGUGAAGGUAUGGAUGAAAUGGAGUUCACAGAAGCAGAAUCCAAUAUGAAUGAUCUAGUGUCAGAGUACCAACAAUAUCAGGAAGCAUCAGCAGAUGAUGAGGAAUACGUAGAUGAAGAGGAACCUUUAGAAGAGGAGGUAGCGGAAGAGCAGUAACUUGUGAAUGACCAAAAAAUAACAAUAAAAAAGAUAUACAGUACCUGUAGUCACAGUAACACUGAGAUGGUCCAAGAAAGUUUAGUUAAUACAGUACUGUACUGUACUUUUACUGUACUGACAAAGAUUCUCUAACCAAGAUUGAAAUUUAUAUUCAGUUCACUAUAGUACAGUACUGUACUAUAGUGAACUGUAUAUAACUGUAUAUAUAUAUAUACAGUAGUACCACGAUACACCGGACUGAGGCAGACCCCAGUCCAAAAAAAAAAGCAAAUCUGUGGGGGUGAAGUUGGACGUAACCCUGCUUCUUGAAAAUCAGACAUCCUAGUUCUCAACAACUGUUUUCACUGAUAUGACUGUUUUGUACUGUAAAGUGUUAUGUAAGUAAUGUACUGGUAUCCACAGGAUUUGUGGAAAAGUCAUUUCAAUAUGCUCAUGUACCAUUUGAAUAAAAAAAAAAUGGGAGAUGAGUGUAUCUGGAUGUAGGAGGUAAUGCAGGUGGGUGGCUCCCUCCUCAAGGAAUACUUUAACACAUCUAUGAAAUUUUACCAUAAUUCCUAUAUUAGAUUCAUUUGCUGCUGGGUUGAUAAAACAUUUUGGUGUAAUAAUCAACUUUUCUGGAAAAAAGAAUCCCACACUCAAAACCAUUGCUUCGUAAUAAAUUCCUUCUUUACAAGUAUAAACAGCUGAUCGCUCUCACUUUCCCUCGCCAUGUUAACCCACGAAAUGCGGCAGUUUUGCUGCCUAAGUGCAACAGUUGCAAUGCAUGUAUUCAUGCAUAUUCGUAAUUUAUAUUUUAUCUCACUUAUUCCACAAGUAUUUGUUACUAUUGGAAUCACCUUGUACUUUAUAUUAAUAAUAUAUUAAUGGUUUUUGAAUAGCUAUGUAAUACGAAAACCAAUAUGAAAUAAGGAGUCUGUAAAUUUUUUUGCACAAAAUACUUUCUACUUGUGAGCUGCCUGGCUAAAUAAUAGCAUAAUUUAGUUGAGAAAUCACUUGAAAAAACAAAAAACAAAAACAAAACCCUAGUAGGUAAAAAAAAUUGUGACAUUGAUGUGCUGAAUGAGUGCACGUCAGACUACAUGCAUGGUGGUAUACUCAUGCCCCUUACGUCUACCUAUGCAUGCAUGAUUUUAAUUGUAGCCCUCCAAAAUAUAGCCAAAUCUGGCAUCUUUUUGUCCUAUCUGCUCAUUUAUUAGUUGAAUUUGGGCAUCUGAAUUAGUUGCCAAUAUCGACACUCGUCCUUCAGCAGCAUGAAAAAUGUCUCUUAUAGAGAUGCACUUCACUCCGUGGGUUAACAGUGCUCUCCAUCAUCUGCUUCAGCACUUAGUAAAUAAUAAUAUAAAAGUGAAUUUAUCAACACAAAAUCUAAUAUUGUACUGUAGUGUAUUAUGCAUCUGCUUAUUCCCUAAUUUAUUCAUUAAUCAGUUGUCUAAGUCCUCAAGUAGGCAAAUCAAGUCAUCAUGUAUCACUCAAAAGGAAUAAAUGAUGUUAGCAAGAUAUCUCUAUCUGAAAUACUAUACAGUAUGUUAUAAUGAUCUUGUUAUUAGCUGACUUGCUGAAAGCUUUCAGGAAUGUGACUGAGUGAAUAACUUCCGAUAAAGCUUAUUCUUUUAUUUUAAGUCAAAUUACAAACUAUGUAUUGUAUUUUUUCUAUUGCACUUAUUAAAGUGUUAUAUUAAUUAUGAUGACUUAUAAUACACCAUAAGAGGCUGAUCAUACAAGAACAUAAUAUUAAAAUUCGAUAAAUAAACCUGGCGAAUGCAGCAAUGCCUGGUCUUACCCACCCCCCCAGCUUUGUUUUAUUACUUCGUAACUAAUUAGGCCUAUAGCAUAUCUGAUUAGACCACUGUACAAUAUUCAGUAAAAAUUUUCACCUACAAACUUUUAAAAGUGAAUGCCGGUGUAGAGGGUUUACUGUACUGUGUAUGUACAGUAACAUGAAACGGAUAAAUCUCAUACUUGUAUGUCUCAACAAAUUGAAAUUAUUUUCAUAUGAUGAAGGAAGUUCUGUUUAAUAUUCUAUGAUCUGUGAGGCAUAAACUGCCAGUUAAGUAACCCAUGUUUGUUUUGUACAUGAUAGAAUAUUUAUUCACUGCUAACUUGUAUCAGUGAAAAUACAUUCUAGUCAUUAUUAAUAUGAAUCUAGCCAAACUUUUUAGGAAGUUGUAUUCAUCAAGGGGUGUUUUCCCUUCAGAUCUCGGAAUUUGUCUUUAAAAUCAAUCAAUAAAAAAAAACAAAAAAUCUGUCAAGUUCUCAAUAGCAUCCUGAAGAAACUUUUCAAAUUAUUUGAGCUAAAUACUGUCUAAAUCAUCUUUACAGUACUGUAUAUUAUCAGCAAUUAUCAUGUGCAAGCUUUCCUUGGAAAAUAUUGAAAACUUUAUAAAUUUUCACUCAGAUUUUAAGGUCUAUAAUAUUUUAAAGGCCUGUGAAUUAUCAUCCAUGGAGACAAAUAAUUUAAGCCCCAUAACUGAAGGAUUUAUUUCUUUGCCAAGGAUAGUCUGUAUGGAUUUUUAUCUCUGUUCAAUUUGUUUAUUGAAUGGAAAUAGCCAGCAUAGCCAUGCGAUAGUUACCCAUGAUAAAGAAGCUGUCGGAUGUCUCGGUGCUUUUUGUAUCAGAUGAAUUUUUUCAACCGGAACAAUUUUGUUAAUUUGGAAUAAAAACUUAGUUUGA